AUGCCAACUCAGCCUGCCAAUCCUAUCAACGAACCUACGUGCAGCGACAGGCGUGCUGAGAUUGGUUCACUUCCUCUACGCAGCAUACGUUUGCCAGAUGGUAAUGACGUUGAUCUGAACGAGCUGAUGUAUCGUGUACGACAAGUCCUUUGCGACGGUACAUGUACAGCGCCGUCUGGAAUACCCGAUACUUACGUUGCGUCCUAUAUCAGUGGUGUCGAGUGUGAAGUCUCAGUGGGACUCACCAACCAGACUGAAUUGUACUUUUAUUGUGGCACAGCGCCAGAAGGCGACCAGUGGCAACAGUGCUGGGAUAGUACCGAAUAUAUCAUUAACAGCUGUAUUGACAAUAAUGCAAACGAUGGGUGGUGGAAUGGCAAUCACGUUUACCAGUUCUAUCAGGGUGGCGUACGCGAGAUCAACUCAGCAAGCGCCAAACGACCGUCCGACAUCCAGCUCAAUAAUUGGCUAUGGCCUCCGACUGAAGGUCUUACUUGUGCAAAGGACUGCCAUGGUUAUACACCCAAUGGUGAUUGGUGCAUACAGAAUGGCUGUGCGCCUCAUCUCAAACGAGGCACUCCACAAGCAGAGGCUAGUAGGAGCGUACUUGGAAGAGCGCCUGCAACUGUGAAUCUCGGAGGGUGCCGCAUUCGGUCAUACAAAUACCCAGGCUAUCCCAGUUCUGGCAGCCUACAGAUGCUGGGCGGUAACCUUUGGUAUGACCGGGAUGAUUCAGUGGACUGUCUCAACCCGGCAUUAUCCUUGUUCUCUCCAAAGAUCAUCCGUCACCAGUAUGACACCGAGCACGUUUAUGAGAAACACUUCAUCACUCGUUUUCUCUACUAUCUUGUCAGCGGUCAAACUAGCGUAGUGAUCAAUGAUGAUGACAUUGGCGACGUGAACGCCAUUGGUGUGAUAGUUGAGGGUGACAUGACUACUAUUGGUGGUCCUCUCACAGAUUGUACGACUCUACAGCAGGUCUUUGGCUCAACAAGUACGGAUGACUUCGCCGAUCAGAGCGUCGCACAACAACUCGCCAAUGCGGUUUCAUGUUACCACACCUCGACCUGUGAAGACAAUGGCCGCCUGGACGAGUUCUUUCUCCUUGAACACAACAUUAACGGUGCGAAAAACAGAGUGCUUGCUGGCUAUUACACGGGCGUUGGUACCGACAAAUACAAUGAUCAAAAGCUUCCCGGCUGUACAAGUGGUGAUUACACAACUGCACAACAACAGAUGAUUCUUUACAGUCUUGUGUUCAAAUACAUGAGAGAGGACGCAGUCUUUAGGUCAUUCGACAAGGUCAACAGUCGUAUGAGGGUCAUCAUGGACAAACUUGACAACCAUCCUCUCGGCCAAGCGAACAGACCAGCCAUGGACCACAUAAUAUCAGGACCAAACACAUGGCUCAAAGCCUACGACGAGUUCAUGGUGAAUAUGCUGGACACAUCCGAGAAGAAGAUGCGAAAAUGGAUGGAUGAUUGUUUCAAAUUCUACAUGGAGGACAUGGAAAGCAAAGUGAUUGAUGAGAUCAGACAGAAGGAGUUGAGCAAGUCUAUCUGGGAUAGGAGUACUGGGUAUGAUUCGUACUCUCUUGAUUCCAUGAGCUUCGGACCACGUUACGCUAGGCUCAGGGGAGAUCUGUAA